GCACCACCAGCGAACCAGCGAUCCGAGUGUUUCGUUAGUUUCGUUUGAUAUCAUCAAAAUUCGUAAUCAUUCAUUAUCCGAUGUACAAAUUUUAGUUUUUUUUUCACUGAUUGAUUCUGUCGAUUUCAAAACUCGAGAGCUUGGAAGACUGAAAGAGAAUUGAAUGAAAUUGCUUUUCAACCUGCGAAGCUAUUUGAAGCGCUACCUCGCAAUCGCUGUGACGAAUGAUUGUAGAUCUUGCAUCGGAAGAUUGAAGUAGAAAACUGAAAAGCUCUGUUUCACGGUUUGUCUGUCGUCGAGUACGGGGAAUACCUAGCCGAAACGGUUGGAGGUUGGUGCGAGGUGCGAGGUGCGCGUAUUCGACCCGAAUCAGAUCAGAUGCGGCGCUGACGCUGUUUGGUUGUCCAUUUAUGAAAUGCGAUGCGACGGAUAUGGUAGUUGCGAAGUAUUAUUCUUCAAUUUGGUCGUCGCAACUUGGAGUACGAAUUUCGCAACUCGUUCGCAAAGUCACCGGUCAACCACGCCAACGCCAUAGCCAUAGCCAUAACCGUAGCCGCAAUACUUGUCAUCAGAUUUCCUCGCAUCCACGAAUACCCGAACAUCGGAUGGAUUCAUUCUGAUCUAAAAUGCGAUCGAAAGUUAGUAAUCGUUCGUGUUAUCUGAGUUCGGAUGACGAUAUGGUGGACAUCACGACAACUGGUACUACGGCUGAAGGUUCAGUUUCAACCAAUCUUCCGCCGCAUCAUUUACACGGAGAUGAAGUGGAAUUCGCGGGCGGCGUUCAUUACGAUUCGGAUGAUAUUCCCGGAAUCGGACAAUACGAAGAUUUCCAUACGAUCGACUGGCAGCGUGACAUCGCUCGAGAUCGCAUGCGUCACCGGUACAUUAUCAAGCGCAAACAAAAUUCGGUUUUCGAUUUGAUAAAAGGCGCUCACGAUGCUUGGUCCGGCUGGUUAUGCGUACUUUUUGUGGGCUUGGUUACGGGCACGGUGGCCGGUAUCGUCGACAUCGGCAGUUCCUGGAUGAGCGAUUUGAAAUUCGGCUUAUGCCCCGAAGCAUUUUGGCUCAACAUGGAGCAGUGCUGUUGGUCAUCCAACGAGACGUCUUUAGGCGCCGAGAAGGGCAAUUGUUCGCAAUGGCGAAUGUGGUCCGAAGUGUUGGGCUCGUCGAGAACUGGUGUCUGGGCGUAUAUAGUUUCGUACUUGUUUUUCAUCGCGUUCGCUCUUUGUUUUGCGGCGUUGGCGGCUGGACUUGUGAAAAUUUUCGCACCGUAUGCUUGCGGAUCUGGAGUACCAGAGAUAAAAACUAUACUGAGCGGUUUCAUUAUACGCGGAUACUUGGGCAAAUGGACGUUGAUCAUAAAAUCCGUUGGCAUUAUGUUGGCAGUGUCAGCUGGUCUGAGUUUAGGAAAAGAAGGCCCUAUGGUGCACAUAGCAUCUUGCAUAGGCAAUAUUUUGUCCUAUUUAUUUCCAAAAUACGGCAGAAACGAAGCGAAAAAAAGAGAAAUUUUAUCGGCGGCCGCCGCCGCUGGCGUCUCUGUGGCAUUCGGGGCACCUAUAGGUGGCGUGCUUUUCAGCUUGGAAGAAGUUAGUUACUAUUUCCCGCUGAAAACGCUGUGGAGGUCGUUUUUUUGCGCAUUAGUCGCAGCGUUCGUGGUACGCUCGAUUAAUCCUUUCGGAAACGAGCAUUCUGUUUUAUUCUACGUGGAAUAUAGUAAACCGUGGAAUUUUUUCGAAUUGAUACCGUUCAUCGGAUUAGGUAUUAUCGGGGGGAUUAUAGCGACUGUUUUCAUUAAAAUGAACGUAUACUGGUGCAGAUGUCGCAAAACAACGAAACUCGGUCAAUAUCCGGUUACCGAAGUAUUAGUAGUCACAGCGAUAACAGCGCUACUUUCUUUUCCCAACCCGUACACUCGCAUGAGUACCAGUCAGCUUAUAUAUUUGUUGUUUAGUCAAUGCGGAGUGUCCAGCUCGGAUGGUCUUUGCGAUUACGUGUACUUGAAUAAUGUGACGUCGUUCAAAGAAGCGACCUCGGCGGAAGCUGGCCCAGGCGUCUACCACGCUAUAUGGCUUUUGUUACUCACCUUGGUAUUCAAACUGAUCACCACUAUUUUCACAUUCGGAAUGAAAAUACCUUGCGGAUUGUUUAUACCCAGCUUAUGUUUGGGAAGUAUCGCGGGCAGAAUUGUCGGCAUCGCCAUGCAACAAUUAGCCUUUCGUUACCCUCAUCUGUGGAUAUUCAGCGGAGAAUGCGCCAGUUCGGACGAUUGUAUUACGCCUGGCUUGUACGCUAUGGUAGGAGCAGCAGCUGUACUCGGAGGUGUCACUAGAAUGACAGUAUCGUUAGUGGUGAUCAUGUUCGAGUUGACUGGCGGCGUACGGUACAUAGUUCCUCUGAUGGCGGCAGCCAUGGCCAGCAAAUGGGUCGGCGAUGCGCUCGGCAAACAAGGUAUAUACGACGCGCACAUCAGUUUGAACGGAUAUCCAUUCUUAGAUAGCAAAGAAGAAUUCGCCCAUACUGGUUUAGCUGCCGAUGUAAUGCAACCCAGACGCAGCGAAUCGUUAAACGUAUUAACGCAAGAUUCGAUGACCAUAUACGAAGUAGAAACUUUGAUGAAAAAUACCGAACAUAACGGAUUUCCGGUGGUCGUUUCGCAAGAAUCGCAGUAUUUAGUCGGCUUCGUGUUGAGAAGAGAUCUUUUGUUGGCCAUCGCAAAUGCCAAACGAACAAACGACGGUUACGAUGGUAAUUCGUUGGUCACGUUCACAGUGGACCAACCGUCUUUACCUCCGAAUGCGCCACCUCCUUUACGAUUGAAAAAAAUUCUGGAUAUGGCUCCUAUAACCAUCACGGAUCAAACACCUAUGGAGACGGUUAUCGAUAUGUUCAGAAAGCUGGGUCUGCGACAAACUUUGGUCACUCACAACGGUCGUUUACUCGGCGUUAUCACCAAAAAAGACGUUCUUCGUUACAUUAAACAAAUGGGCAACGAAGAUCCCAGCUCGGUGUUAUUCAAUUGAACAAAACCGAAACCGAAACCGAAACCGAAACCGAAGGCGAAGCCGAAGCCGACACAGCUGGGCCGAAGCUGUUAGCUGUUGUUGAAAUAACUAUACACUCCCGAAGUCUACUGUAAUCUACCAGCUAUCUACUUGUAUUACAAUGUACAGCGAGCCUACAAAAUGCAGAUUCCUGCGAGCGAGACUAUUCUUUUUUUGUACCUAAUCAAUACUGUGUAGUGUGUACAGAAUAUAUUAGUAGGUACUAUUAGGUUAUCAUAAUUACUCGUAUGUAUCUACGUACGCGGUACGCGCGAUCCUACGUAAUUCGCCUUGUACCUAGACCGUAGACCAUUGACUGAACGAGCAAUUGGAAUUCGUACGCGCGCUGCGGGUCAAAUUUGAAUAUUGUUACCGCUUUCGUUGUUAUCACCGAAUGGCUCGUGUGAAGACGUAGUGUGCCCUUGGGUCAGUACGACACAUCGACAAGUCAAAAGGCUAGUGAAGCGAAUCCGAAAUCCGAAUACACGAUGAGCCGUACGAUUUCUCACAUUCUUAUUACUCGUACAUAUACGAGUAUGUACAUAUGUGCUAGCAAAUUUCAAUUUUCGCGCCGAAUUCUACAAGCUAUCGGUCAACUUUACUCGUGUUUCUUUAAUUCUUUUUCAAGCCACACAUUCCCUACUCGACUCGUUCUAGUGUGUAUUUUCGAGUCAAAAACAAAGCGACAAAUUUCAAUUUUUUUUUGAAAAUACGGUCGGCAUUAAUUUUCCAGUGACGAUUACUCGAGAGAAAACAAGAAGCCUACGACCACAAACGCAAUAUUUGGAGGUGUUACAAAAAUUCACUUUUUAUGGUCGAGUCUACAUACACAUAUACGUACAUGUGUUGGCGAACGAGCGAAAUAUCUUUCACCUUUCAAAAUUCACGUAGGCUACCAUCUAGGACCCGAUUUCGCGUUAUCGCGUUAUUCUUUGUUUUUCGUUACUCGUGUAAAAUUUUAAUGUAUGUACUCGUAUAAUAGGUAUCGUUCUUUGGCGACUGUUUCAACAGCGACCCGGACCGUUUCAUUUCCAUUCCGCUAUUUUAAAACAUUUUGAAAGCGCCUCUGUCCAUGCGCUAUGCGCGCAGUGUUGUUUUGCCAUAGGUAUUGCGUGUGUAUUGUAAGCUCGUUUAUUAUCGAGUUUUAGCUUUUUUUCAACUUUCGUCGCCCCCCUUUUUUCGUGUAGAUACCUAUUUAUUUUUGUUACCGAGUUUUCAGGGCAUUUGUCACAAACAGAAACCGGAAUGAAGACCGAGCUCGAGGACUGCGGGAAGAACUAAAUCACAAUUCGCCGCGUUCGUGUAUUUGAUCGAAUUACACGUCUAAAUUUGCGUGUUCGAUUAUUCUAUAAAUCACCGUAAGUCAGGGAGAACAGUAAAACGCUACGGUCCGAAUUUUUGAUCCCCUCGAUUGCUUAAAUUAUUCUAUUUAAAAAAUUUGUAUUAACGAUGAGAAAAUUAUUCCGACGUUUUUACGAGUAAAAUCUUUCAAAAUUGACAGAAAAUGCGUGUUUUUUAUGCUCGAGCUCGAAUUGAAAUUGAACCAUGAAAAAUCGAUAGUCGAGAUAGAAAUCAAAUAAUGAGAAACAAUAUCAUUCUCGUUUCUAUCGUUGUUUUUUUUUUCAUUCUCGAUUGGCGACAUUCGUAGCGAAGAUUACCUAAAUAUGUAGAUAGAUAUACAUUUUAUAAUCUGUAUAAAAAUUGCCCGAUUGGCGAACCACCAAUUUCUUUUAAAAAACUGCGAUUUGCAAUUUCUUAUCAUUUUUUAAAGGUCGUUUCCAUCAUUUGCGCGUGUCAAUUGUCUUUCACGCCGUUUCAGAUCAACACUUUCAAGCGAGUCUUUCGUUACUGAAUUAUUGCGGGAAAUAAUAUUUUCACGGUUUUUCUUAAAAUUAAUCGUCGGCUUUGAAGAUACUGCAGCGUUCUCAAUUGGCCUGUUUUACCUAACUAUUUGAAUGGUGGAUUGGAUAUGUGAUAUGGAUUCCGACUGUGAUUUCGAUUGCCGAUGUCGAGUAACUGUUUUUUUUUUUGCUUUUUUGCCAAUCGGGCGACUUUCGGUGAGCGAGGCUCGCAUAUAUUGUUUACUAUACUUACCGAUACAAUUUAUUUAUCUAUACCUGUAUUUUUACGCGUUCGUAUGUUGUUUUAUUUAUUUAUUUUUUUGUUUUUUGAACCGUUUGUUAGUUUGUUUUUCUUAUUUAUGUCUCUGUGUGCAUUCACUCUACUUUGUUCGUAUAGUUCGUAUUUUCAUUGGCAUGUUCCAUAUUUAUUCAUUACGUUUUUUAUACGUCAAUCAUGAUCAUUAUCUAUCAUUAUUCAUUUAUUUAUUUAUUCAUUUAUUUAUUUUUUAAAUAAAAAACGUUCGGCUUGA